AUGUACCAAGAUCUUUCGAACGAGGAACUUUUUGGUUUUAGUGACCAUUCAGAUACCGAUAAUAAGGUAGAAGAAUUAAGCAACGAUUUAUCUUCUAAUGAAAUGUCCGAACCACAAAGUUCAGAAUACGAAGUUUCACCCUCGAGUCCAUUAACAGAAAAUGAACCAAUUAUCAUUUCUCCAAAACCCAAAUUAAUAACCAUUCCUUCAAUCAUAGGAUUAAUCCUUUAUGAAAACCUUUUAACUCACGAGCAACAAAAUGAGUUAAUUAGUGGUAUUAUAGAAGCUAAUUAUUUCAACAACCCAGAAUCAAAUCAAGCAAUGUGUUUUGGUACACUGCCAUCAUUCAUUCUUCGGGCCGUUGAAGUAAUUUCUAAUACACCUGGACUUUUUCCUGACGAAAUUCAGCAUAGGGAUCCUUUAUUUGAUCAGGCGCGUUCGAUUAUCAACUUAUACAGACCUGGGGAAGGUAUUACAGGUCAUGUGGAUUUACCUAGAUUUGAAGAUGGGAUUGUAGUAAUAUCAUUAUUAUCAUCUUGUGUCAUGCGAUUCAGGCCUUUAUCUGAAGGUGAAAUGGACAACACUAGUUAUGAGAGCAAGUUGAAGGAUGUUCAUGGUGUUUAUGAGAUGAUACCAGUUAUUCUUAGACCAGGAUCUGUUCUUUCUCUGAAUGGACCGGCUAGAUAUAAUUGGACUCAUGAAAUUGAGGAGACUGAAAUUGAUGAGAUUGGAGAUGAAAAAAUUAUUCGUAGCCCUAGAAUAUCCGUGACUUUAAGAAAAAUGAAAAAUGAUCAAUUAUUUUCAAAUAAAGAAGAUUCAAAUCCUUUUUCUUUCGAGAUUAAAAAACGUUGA